GAUUUUAAUUCAAAUUUGCUUUUAUAAAAAUUUGUUCAAUCAAUUAUGUCAUUUUCGUUCGCUUCUUGCGUAGACUUUUUAAAAAUUUUAUCGGACGGAGCAAUGUGGUGGAUUAGUGAAUUUGAUUCGGAAUACGAUUGUUAUCUAUGCUGAAUUUCUGAAUUUAAAAAAAAACAUUGAGCAACCAACCCCAUCCGUGUUUUUCAGUAAUUAGUUUAUUGAAGAAGCAAAAUGGAUAUUUCUGAACAUUUUUUGAAGAUCAUGACGACUAGUUUUGCUUUAAGAAGGAAAGGUUUCCUGUGUGAUACAGUUUUGAUGGCAGGUACCAAGCAUGUGAAAGCGCACAGUGUAAUCUUGGCUUCUGCUUCUCCAUUCUUUCAAUCAGUUUUUAAACAGUACCAGCAACCAGAGAUGUACUACAUACGUCUGCCAGGUAUCGAGCCUGAAAUGUUACAGAUCGUCGUAGAUUACAUCUACUCCGGUAAAUUAAUUCUGCCUUAUCAAAAUGAAAAAGAGGUUAAGCUUCCCCCAACACUUUUUGACUCCUUCCAGUUGUUUGGUAUCGACCUAACUAGCAAGGGAGAAUUCGUUGUUGAUUAUAGAAGGGAAGAUGAGAUGGAGGAUGAGCCAGAAAAUACGGAGCUGAUAGUUGACUCACUUGCCAUCGAUGAACUGAUGGGUGAUGUAGACAAAAAUGAACUAUUCCAAACUGAUCAUCAGGCAAAUGGUAUUGACGGUGCAAAGGAGAAGGUUACAGAAGUGAAGUUGGUGAGUGAGGAAGCGGCAGCCAGAGAGGAUUCUAACAGUACAUCGCCUGUCAACGAGGCUGGCAAAAAACUUUGGCUCUGUCAAACCUGUCAGAAGACAUUCACCAAAAAGUCCACCUAUGACCAUCACAUGCAGAAGCAUGUAGAAGAAACAAAACCAAAUCUCUGCGAGUUGUGCGGUCUGGCAAUAACUGGGAAAGCAGAAAUGCAACAACAUCUGGCCGUUGCCCAUGCAAAAAAUCCCAGAUCAUCUGAGUGGCACUUGUGCAACGAGUGUGGUAAGACUUUUUCGAAGGAGUCGACUCUUAUCAGUCACGUAGUGAAGGUUCACAAAAGAGGGGCUGGAGCAAGCUCUAUGAUCAACUCUAGAAUUGAAAACGAACGUGAAGUAUUUGUGUGCGAGUUCUGCAACAAACAGUAUGCAUCUCGCACGUCAAUCAAGUUGCACACUGUGAUGGCACAUUCCGACUCUAAACCAUUCCAGUGUCACGAAUGUGGGAAGGGGUUUGCCUUCAAGUCUCAGAUGAUUUCUCACACUAGAAUGCACACCGGGGAACGACCAUUUGAAUGCCAAACAUGCGGGAAAACUUUCUCUGCCAUGCUGAACUUGGUCCAACACAAUCGCAUCCACACAGGGGAACGUCCGUUUGAGUGCAGCUACUGUGGCAAUAGAUUCUCGCAGAGGUCCCACCUGCAGACCCACGUAAGGACCCACACGGGGGAGAAGCCCUACGUCUGCCACCUCUGCUCAAAGUCAUACAAGAACAGGCUGGACCUGCGCAUACACUGCUUGCGAAUCCAUCAGAUCAACAUCAAGCUCAGGGAACCCAACCAGCUUAACAACCCUUCAAAAAUGCUCAAACAUCGUUAACCCCCUAUGCUUCCUCUCUUCCUACCUAGAUCAUACAAAUGUACAAAUACAUUUUUAUCUAUUCAUUCAUUCGUUCGUUCGUUUAUUUUUUUUAUGUUUUUGAACAAUGUUUUCUAAAUUUUGAUUUAGUUUAUUUUUAAUUCUCUAGUAGAUUUAAAGUUCUAAAUUAAUUAAGGCCGGUAUAGCAUGGAAACAACGAACGUUGAACUGUAACUUAAUGCAAUUAAUUGAUUCAUUAUAUUUAUAUUUAUUUAUCAUUUUUAUAUUACUUAUGAAUAGGACAACCGAAGACCGCACGUGUGCAUAUUAGAUAACCUUAUAUUUUGCUUGUUUAAUUAAUGAUAUGUAUAUGGUGAUGUUUUCAAUUGAAACUUGACGUGAAUACUUUCAAUAAAUUAAUCCGCGUUGAUUGCAGUUUGUCUUGAAA